AUGAGGGAGGAGCCGGACGCGCGCGGCAACGUGAUGAAGGGCCAGCGCGGUUAUAUCAAGCAGUUGAACGACGACCCGAGCUCGUCUUCGAAGGCCUUGUCGGCGGCUGUCUUCGAGGCGAAGACCACGGUGACGGAGAAAAAGGAGAGGGGCUCCAAGAAGAUUAGUCGCCGUACGUUCGUCUUGGAGAAGACCUUCCGCGACAUGUACCUCAACCCCAGGGUCAGCACCUACGUUGAGGCGUUCACCAAGCUGGAGCCGACAAAGAAGCACAUCGACGAUAUUGUUGGCACUGUGGAUGGCUUCUGGGUGCCCGGGGCUUUCAACGUGCACCUGCCGAACCAUUGGGAGUACGAGGACUAUGAGACGGAUGCCACCGCCAUAACGACGACGCACGACGACGGCUCGCUAGUGUUGGACAAGGGCCAGCAGGCGCGCAAGUUCGCGGCGCUCAGCCAGAUGCACGGCGCGGACGCGGAGGCUGCCAAGAGGCCUUGUUGGGCGUCGUUCGCCACCGCCACAUUCCGCUUUCCAGCUGUAGCGCCCCCUUUCAUGAUGGGAAACACUGGAAGGCGCACUGCGGGGGUGGCGAAUGGCGCUCCAUCCAGCAAGAUGGCCAAGCUCACCCCCGCAGACUUGUUGGCCAUCGCGCAGGGCAGCUACGCGCGGAGCGCCCCUGCCUGCUCUGCGGCGAAGCCCCCGGAGGAAGAAGACACUGCUGGGCGGCGGCUUGGCGGCGCGUCAGACUACGACGGCGGGGUCAAGGCCGAGAACAGCUGGGCGGGGUCCAGUGCCGUCGCCGCCGCCAGCGUGGCGGUCGACUUGUCUAACGACGGCCGCUUCACCCGCUUGAAGAACGGCGUCGUUGCCGACAUCGACGCUGCAAAGCAGGAGAUGGAUAAGCUGCUGGACAUGACGGAGUCCGAGGACAUCGACAUCGGGACUUCGACCACUUACACAAAGGAACUGUUAAAAUCGUGGGCGAAGGUGAGUGGCCUGUGGAGGGCCGUCGUGGUGAAGAUCGAUAAGAGCACCAACAAGGGCCACCUCUCUGCAGAGUGCGACCUCGCCGCGAAGGGCCAGGCGGACGCCCAGGCGUGCAGCCACUUCCUCAAGGUGUUGACUAAUUCUCGGUCGAGCUCGUCGGAGGUGUGCGAGGCCUACGCGGGCGCGGUUUCCGCUGGCAUGCAGAUGAACGCCGCGCUCGGCUCCAUCAACUGGGGUGAGGAAGUGGCACAACAGAUCUUCGUCGGCAACUACGCGGAGGCAACUCAGAACCUCUUGAGGUCUUCGCCCAUCGUCGCAGCCCUCCGCGAUUUAAAAUCAUAUGGCGACGAUAAGACCGAGGAGUGCGCAGUGAGGAUCGUGGAAAACACCAUCAGUAAGCUGAUCAUCAAGCUCAAGGCGAAGGACUUGGUGCCCGGGAAGAAAGUCGACACUCUGAACCCCUUCCACAUUCUCCGCUCUUUCGUGUUGGAGCUCCACAAAGUCUCAAUCCAGCCGGACUUCCUUGCCACGUCAUUGGUGGAUGACAUACACGUGCUGUACCACGCGUCGGCCGUGGACACGAUGGAGGAUAAGUCGGAGACCGUGCGUGUCUUGGAGAGCUUCGAGAAGGCGAGGGCACCGAAUCGCAAUGUCUCUCGGCUCACCGUCAUCUGCCGCCCUUUUCGGUGGGGCCCCAAUCCCACGCUGAACGAGGGCUGUAGCUUUCGGUGCACCGAAGGACUACGCAAUGAUCGGGGCCUGGAGUGGGUGGGUGGAUGGGCGCGAAAGGCGGAGCCGGAGCAGCCCUCCCCCAUCCGCGUCCUCCUGACGGAGCACGCCUCGGGCAAACUCUUGAUGAACAGGGCCAACGAUAUUCUCGACAUGUCCGAGGAUGCCAUGCGGGAGCAGGCCAAGAUUUCGAAUGCUGAGAAAUGCGUCGCGGAUGCGAUGUCCUCCGUGGAGUCGGGCGACCGAGUUGCGGCCAAGGCUGCUUUGAAAUCGAUGACAGAGGCUAUCCAGGUGGUGCAGGCCUCCAAGGUGCCCGCGGUGAAGGCCAAGGGCGACGAGCUUGUAAAGCUGGUCGAGACUGGCGCCAAGGACGCGGGGGCGGAGGACAUCGUCGGCUGCAUGGGGAGGAACCUGGUGAAGAAGGCGGUCCUUGUGGCGGAGAAUCACCUGCUGCGCCUCCCAGACGACGACCCGGACAUGAAGUGGGGAACUGGGAAGUGGUACCGCCCGGAGAAUUACGACUCUAGCACGCUCUUCGAGGGACACGUCGGGAGAGAGACGCAGGCCGCUCUGCAAGAAUCCGACUUGUUCCACUACUGCGUGCACUUGAUGCUUACACAUGUAGUGCAGAAUUGCCCCGAUGGGUUUGACAAUGCUGAUGAUGACGAGAAGUCCAGGAAGGUGGCGAUGUUGAACCACGUAUCGGCGUCCGUUGCCUUGUGGGAGAAGUGCGCUUCAACGGUGACGCAGGGGCUGAGGAAGAUGCUUCUGUUGCCACAGGAAGAGGCGUUCCCAGCGGGCGGCCAGGAGGUGGACGAUAUAUGCAGGUUCUUCGAGCUUUAUCCCCUCCUGAAGGCCUGCGCGGAGAGCUUCACCACGUGGACUGACAGCGUGCAGGGCGCUCUGGUCACUGAGAUUGUGUCGCUCUGCCAGGGCACCGCUGGCGGCAUUCGCGGCCAGACGUUGGCUUCCGCAAAGAAGAAAUGCGAGGACGUCAUCAGUACAAAGCAGGAGGUGUUAAUGACCGUGCUGAAUGCCAUGACGGAUUUGGAAUUGCUCACCUCCAGCGGCGCCGAUGCUUCCUCGACGCCGAACCCGUUCAGCAUGGCCAGCCGGAAGGAGCAGAGCGCUGCGGCAGAGCGCCUCAGCGUCGGCAUGAAUUUCCUGGCGAAGCAGUUGGAGGCGUGGACGGAUGAGGAGGGGCAGUCCAUGCCGCAGGCCCAGUCUCUCGGGUUUCAGGUGGGUUGGCUGACGGAUUUCUGCGGGCGUGGGAAGGAUGCAUGCGGGUCGGCUGGGAGUCGGGCUGUGACCCAUGCAGCCCACGAGAUGACCCUGGUCGCAGAUAAGCUCGAGGCGUUGGCGAACAAGUCCCCAGACCUCACGCAGCAGAACACAGAGGACAAGUUCUUGUCGUUCAUGUCCUCGAAUGGCCAGAUCAUCGUGAAGCAGAGGGGCGAGUUGGACAAGCUAGCGAAUCAGCUUAUGAAAGUCAGCAAGAACGUCGGAGUGAGCUUGCCAGACGUGGGCUGCGCGGAACAGUGUACGAACGCCGUGGAGUUGGUGAAGGUCUCCAUGGACCUCCUCGAGAUUUACACCAUGCUAGCCUUGCUGCGCAACCCUGCCAUCCGGAACCCCAUGGAGACGGACCUUCGCAAGAACCUUGCGGACUGGGAGGGUGAACCGCUCCUCGGGAGCGAGCCGCCACCGCCAGCCAUGGGCAGAGAGGGGAUGGGCGGCGAGGGUGGGCCAGCGGAAGGAGAGGGGAAGGAGGGAGGGCCGAGGGUGAAGUUUCUGUCUCGGGCUUCAAGACAGGACAUCGUGAAAACGAUGAGUGAGAACGAGGACCUGAUGCAGGUGGAGGUGUUUGAGGCUCGGGGGUCGGACUAG